AUGCAAAAUUCGAUUUCUUUCUCUAUUGAAUCGAUUAUUUCCAGAAGAGAUCCUCCGAAGCAAACAGGGGAAGAAAAUUAUGACAGCCAAGGAAUUUUAAGCCGCGGACCACUGAGUGCCAUGCAGAAUUUGGUUGAGCUCACACCGCGGGGCGAUGGGAUCUAUUCGGACAGGACAGUCUCUGUAUUUCAAAUGGAGGAAGAAAAAUUGGACAAACAUUUUCGUAGAGAGAACGUAAUGGAUCAUUUCCCCUCCUCGCCAACAAGUGAGUGUUCUGUUCUAUAUGUUGCUGUAGUAAUUGGAUUCAAUAUCCAGAGAGGAAUGUGUUGGAAACUGCUUCACGCUGGAAUUGCUCUUAACAACUUUAUUUUUAGGAGAGGUAUCCAGCGUUAUUCAACAUUUAUCUAAAGGAAAUUUUUACUGCAUUUGUUCUAAUUAUAAAAGCUAUGUUCUUACAGACCUUAUGGAAGUUUUGGUCCUCCCAUGAUGUUCAUGUGCCGGUUCUUUCCUCAUUUAUUGCGUGGUCAAUAAAGCUUCUGUGAUAGGAAAUUUACAAUUACUGAUUAAGUUAAAUGUACUGCUUUUAUUAUCUAUUUGAUGCCCAUUUUCCUCUACUAGGCUUUAGUGGCAAAGCUCGUCCAAAUUCACCAACUGGGAGUGAUGAGGACGAACAAGAAGACCAAAAUUCAGACUCCGAGGGAGGAACCAAAUCCAGACGGAAAAGAACGGCUUUUACAAGCCAACAACUGUUAGAACUUGAACGAGAAUUUCACACCAAAAAGUACCUUUCACUGGAAGAGAGAUCACACAUUGCAAGAACUUUAAAACUCAGCGAGGUUCAAGUGAAAAUUUGGUUUCAGAACAGACGAGCGAAAUGGAAGAGAGUAAGGACUCUCGGUGGACCUCAAGCUCAUGGAAACAGAAAGCUUCACGCUCCUAAACUUGUUGUUCCUAUUCCCAUUCAUGUGAACAGAUAUGGAUCAAAAAAUCAACUCUACAUUUCUUGA